AGCAGUUACUCGAGGCUGUCCUGUCUUCUGCUUGUUUUUGGCUGUUUCAUUGCCCUUUGGUAUGACCAUGAAAAGGUCAGAGCUCCGGAUCCUCAGCUGUUCACAUUUCCUUGGGAUGGCUUCUGGAAGACUCAUCAAGUUCCUGGUUUUUGAGCUUCUGGAAUAUGCUGCUUUCUCCAUCCCCACGCUUGUGAUUACAGAGCAGUUUGCCACCGCCUACCAGAGAACAAGGACUAUACCUGAGAAAACACACUAUUGGCUCAUUGUUUCCUGCUCUAUUGCCUAUGUGGCGUCAGUGACUCUAUUGAUUUGGGUUCCUGUAAAAGUUCUCUUGCACAAGAAACAUCAUCUUUACAAAAAAGUUAUAGGAUGGAGACCUGUUAUGAUGAUGUGCGUCGUGCUGACCACACUCCCCAGCUUCACCUUUUCUAUAGCUGUGACUGAGGUUCAAAAGAACAUUAAUGGGUCCACUGAUGUCUUACCGGAUAAGUUACCUGACCUCCCCGUCUCUCUGGUUCUGACGUCUUUGAUCGUGGUUGAUAUUAUUGAAAAACUCAGGAUAUAUCCUCUUAGAGGGAGUCAGAAGAGUAAUGAAGAUGGCUACAUCUACACGACCUCUUUGCAACAAAUAAAAACGGUGACGGAGCAAAUAAGGCAAAGUGAAGAAAACCCUGCAUCCCCCCAGGCAGACAGCAGAACCCAGAUGUCACGAGCCCCCAGAGCCACGCCCCACAGCCAGGUGUCUGUGCUAAGGGCACCCCAGGAGCCCUCCUUUCACUGGGGAAUCCUGAGAACAGUAUCCCGGCGUGAUGUCCGAUCAGAGAUAUUCCUGUGGAGUUUUCUCCUGUGGUCUGACACCAUAGAAAUGGUGCGUGUGGCCGGCCACCCCGCCGUGUACAAGUCAGGCUGGCUGUAUCCGGUCUACAUAUUCAGUUUCAUUUCUCUCCUUCGAAUUACAUUCACUCCCCAAAACCCUCUUCUCAACUCCCUGGGCGUCCUGCUGCAGGAUUUACCUUUUGUCUGUGUGAGACUUGGUUUAAUUAUCGCCCUGGGGACUGUCACACCGGUACUGGGCCUGUGUAAAAAUGUCCUAGUGACUCUGUCUUAUGUCUACUUCAACUACCUAACCAGACUCAGGAUUUUCUCUAGUUUUGAAGUGUUCCCAUCUUAAGAAGAAAGUGCGAUAUAGUAAGACCUAUUUUUUUUUUUUUUAAUGAAAAUGUGUGUAUUUGUAAUAAUUAUUUUGGGGGUGGCGUACGUUUUUACACUAUGGAAAGAAAUGAAGGCUAGAUUGUAAAGAAUAAGCUGUUUUAAAUAACUCCGGCAUAUCAGUUUUUUAUGUAUAUAAAUGGUGCUAAGUUUAAGGAACUUCAUAGUCUUAUAAGUUGGCUCUCAAGAAUUUCUAGAAACUGCUAGUUGUUAA